AACACAAUUGUGUUCCAUACGAUAAUCAUCAGGAAGUAACUACAUACAGCAAAACCGAGACGAUUACAUGUAACCUUUAGACACUUAAUAACAAUCUGUACGAAUAUUAUUGACAUAUAUCCUGCAGCCACUAAAUGACCAUGUCUACUGUGAAAUAACAUGUAUCCGUCAGGGGUUAAUUGCAUAGUUUGACAAUUAACCACAGACUAGUAUUACUCCACAACCAGACUACUACGUAACCGGCCUACAGCUAUGGACCGUUUGUAUGGACCACUAGACUAUAUAAGAUCUCUCAUUUUGGACUUCAACACACAAUUCGAUCACACCAGAAUUCGUCAGAUCUCGGCCAGUGUCUCAGUGAAAAACAUUUAUUUGAACUUUUAAUCGCUCUUUGAAUACUUGUAAAUUAAGCAAUAAAUUCUAAUUGACAAGUAUUAGUUAACUUAAUUGACUUCGCAACAUAAGUCAAAUUGGUGCCGUUCAGACCAAGGAUCAACCAGGACUUCUAACCACUAUACGAUAGAAAGGAACCACAAUGGCAGACAAUGAAGAAAGCUUUGCCCAGCUAGAAUCCCUCUAUUUGUGGAAACUAUUACCUGAUAAUUUAUGGUGGGACAUAUAUGUAAAAUUUAAGAUCAAUUAUUUCCGGGAAAUACUAGAUAGAAAGAGAAGGGAACCUCUAUUUAAGGAAUUCCACGCUAUACAGAAGCUUAUUAACCUGUCGGAUCCAAUUAUAAUUGACAAUUAUUGUGGUUUACCCACAAAAUUCGCAGAAAUAAUUGGACGCCGGAAACAAUUUGCCGAAAUACAUAACUUAUCCUAUCAGGAGCAUCUUAGGAAGUGGACGGUGGAGAACUUCAAAGCCAUUGGAUGGUUAAAACGAUCCAAUCGCUUUGGGGUUUACCACCAAGAAGUGAUUCUAAACAAGGCAAGGAAAAUGCACCGGAUACGCAUUUUCGAUCUGAUAAUUAAAUUUGAGACUGUGAAGGAAAACAACCAAACAUUUUAUUCAGGACUAUCAUAUGAAUUCCAAAAUUGAUAAAGGCCAGAUAAAUAAAAUAUAUUAUGAUAAUUUAUAUAUGUAUCAUUAUUUUUAGGGAGAACCAGUGAUGAAGUGGUGGUGGUUCUCACUUGUUCUUUUUGGCUUAACCAGCCAAUUCAUUGUCAAGGAAAAUGUCAUGUUUCAAAAAAUUAAGGAAAUAUCAACCACAAGGUCAAAUUGGCUCAUUACUUUUGUCGUAGACUUGGAUCCUUUUGAAUUAUUUCUUAAUAAAAUAGAACAAGACUUGGGCAAGGCUUUUCUCGCUACACAAAAAGUUCACACAAUUUCUAUGUUUUACACCCCAGAAAAAAAACACAUUUUGGCUACUAUCUUAAGUCUACAAAGGGAGGUUGAAGGAUUAAAUCGGACUAAAGAUUAUUUACAAUCACAAUUCAAUGAUUACCAAUCUUUAUAUUACGACGAAACGGCAAAGUUUAAAACUAAACGUAGCUUAUUUCCUAUUAUAGGCAAGGCAUUAAGUUUUUUAUUUGGUACUGUAUCAGACAGCGACCUGUCAAAAAUUCGAAGAAAUAUCAAAACUUUGGCACAAAAUCAAGAUGCAAUUCGUCAUAUUGUUCAAGAUGGGUUAACUAUCUUAAACACUACACAAACACAUGUUUCUGAAAAUAGACACAAGGUUAAUGAGUUGAUUGAAAGUGUUCAAGAUCUUGGAAAUAGACUUCAAACUUUUGCUACGGAUUUAGAAAAACAAAUUGAAGUUAUGGGAAGUUAUUUACAAGCUUAUUUGCAUAUGGACAUGAUAAUAGGUGAAAUAAAGGACCUUAUGAAUAUAGCCGGGGAUUAUUUAAACCAUUUGCAAUUACAACUAAACAUGUUGUCCUUAGGACACAUGUCACCCAGUCUUAUAUCACCCGGUAAUUUACGAGUAUUAUUGACUGACAUAAAACGACGACUACCGGCGACAUUAAAGAUACCUGGUGACGAAGUUAAAGAUAUUUGGAAUUUUUAUAAAUUUUUGACCUGUAGUACAGUUUUGGACGAAAACAAAAUAAUCAUUAUCAUUACGUUACCAUUACUAGAUAUAAGAGACACUUAUGAAAUUUAUAAGAUUCACAACUUGCCUGUUCCUACUACGAUAACUGAUAAACAAUCUGACUCGAGCAAUAUGGUUGCUCAGUAUGAAUUAGAAGCAGAAGUUAUUGCUGCAAACCAAGAAAAAACUAAAUAUAUGCUGCUAAAUACCAAUGAAAUUGACAAGUGUUCCAAUCCUUUAGUUAAAUUUUGUGAAAUUAAAAGUCCAGUUUAUCCAGUUAAUUUAAGUAAAUUAUGUAUCAUAGCCUUAUUUGCCAAUAAAGAAAAUUGGAAAACAAGAUGUACAGUGAAAGUACGACCAAACACAAUUUUGCCUAUGGCAACUUAUUUGACCGAUAGUAUGUGGGCAGUUACAACCAUUAAUGAAUUUAGAAUCACUAUUAGAUGUGAUGACAAUACAAACAUGUUGACGGAUCAGAUAAUUAAUCCUCCUACCACUAUAAUUAAUUUAAAGCGAACUUGUACCGCUACGAGUGAUCAUUUGACCUUAUUACCUACUUAUCAAAUGGAAAGUACAUUUUUAACAGAAAAAACGUUCGAAAGAUUCUUAAAUACCUUUCAAGUACUGAAUACAAGUUUAUGGGAACCCUUUCAUGCUGCUUUGCCAAAUUUUACAAAGCUUGAACUACCAAGAGAACUAAAGGCGAUUAAACAAAUUCCUAUGAACGCUUUGAUUGAAAAACUUAGAAAUUUAAGGGGAAUUGAAAACGAUUUUGAAUUUCCAAAUUGGGGAGUAGGUUUAUCCCUGGGUUUGGGUGCGAUAUUCAUUGGAAUAGCUAUAUUUUUGUACUGUAAGUUUUUUAGAAACAAAUCUUGGUUAGCCAAAAAGAAAGGUGUGAGUUCGGGUUCUAAUGCCACGAACGAUGGGUACCAAAUGGUGACAACGCAAAUGGUUGGGACAGAAGUACCUGAUUCCAGAGAGAAGAUUCCCUCUGCACCAUUACUCAAAGACGAUGCAAGACCGAAGACCGAUGCUACCAGUCUCUUGAGAAAGAUGUACCCAGAGCUAGAUACGUCGACUACUUCGUAAAAGGACUGGAUUGUAAACCAUACAACGUAGACGACCGAAUCCACUAGCAGAAGACGAACCGUGUAAAUAAUUUUAAAAGUGACCCUAUGAACUGUGUAAAUAGAAUUGUAUAAACAUUUGCGUUCCUACCCAGUAUUGAGGAACAACUUACUAUGAUGGUGAUGGAAAUAAAACAUGAACUAUGUAUACCGAAAUAUUGAACUUAUGAUUCGAAUGAACUAUGUGUAAAUAUAUCCAGCUAUUAGACUUGAUGAAUGUGAUGAACUUAUUAUAUCAUGAUAUUGGACUCGUAGAACUUUAUAAACUUUAGAUAUGUGGUGAUGGUUACCGGAAACCUUACAAUAAACUAUUAGAAUAACCUACAGGAAGAAAAAUACCGUAUUUUAUUGAACUUUCGUUCUAUUUUGGAGGGAAGGCAUUAUGUAACACAAUUGUGUUCCAUACGAUAAUCAUCAGGAAGUAACUACAUACAGCAAAACCGAGACGAUUACAUGUAACCUUUAGACACUUAAUAACAAUCUGUACGAAUAUUAUUGACAUAUAUCCUGCAGCCACUAAAUGACCAUGUCUACUGUGAAAUAACAUGUAUCCGUCAGGGGUUAAUUGCAUAGUUUGACAAUUAACCACAGACUAGUAUUACUCCACAACCAGACUACUACGUAACCGGCCUACAGCUAUGGACCGUUUGUAUGGACCACUAGACUAUAUAAGAUCUCUCAUUUUGGACUUCAACACACAAUUCGAUCACACCAGAAUUCGUCAGAUCUCGGCCAGUGUCUCAGUGAAAAACAUUUAUUUGAACUUUUAAUCGCUCUUUGAAUACUUGUAAAUUAAGCAAUAAAUUCUAAUUGACAAGUA